CUGCCCGCCGCUGGCCCUUCCCCCGCCCCUCCCCGCUCCGGUGCGCGACUCAGCCGCCGCUCCGGGCAGGGAGGAAGGGCUGGGAGCCGCCUCCCGCUGCCCCCGGCCGCCCCCUCCCCAUGCAGCCCGGCCCGCCGCUGGGAGCCCUCCCCGGGGGGAUGUUUCUGCGGCCGCUGCCGGGAUAACCGGCGCGCCGCCCGCCCCCGCCCCGGACGGAGGAUGCUGCCCGCGCCGUGGCGGGUUCCGACUCGGGCAGCAGCGGCCGCGUCCGCCUCCUCGGCUCCGGGCAGCGUCGCCGGGGAGAGAUGAGUUCGCGGCACCAGGCGGACUGGAUCCCUUACAGUGUUCUGGAUGAUGAGGGGAGCAGCCUGCGUCAGCAGAAGCUUGACAGACAGAGAGCACUGCUGGAACAGAAGCAGAAAAAGAAGCGCCAGGAGCCACUGAUGGUUCAGUCCAACGUGGACAGCCGGGCAAGGACGCGCAGGACGAAACAUUCGGAGGAGCAGGCCCCGCUGGUGGAAUCCUAUCUCAACAGCAACAGCAGCACCAUCUAUCAUGCAGUGCAGGAGGCUGAACAGGAAGAUGUAAAGGUGGUAGUGGACGCCCAAGCUCCGAAACCAACUAAAAAAACCAAGGCAGCAGCUGCGAGCUGUCAGAGUAGCAGCACCAGAAAGGAGAAAAAAGGGAAACACAAAGGGAUUGAUGGCCCAGCUGCUUUUCAAGAUGAUGUUCAGAAGAUAGGAAGUCAAGUGCAGAUUCUCACUGUUGGACAGGCAAGCCAUGAUGAAGAUGAUGGCGAGAAAGUGGCUACUGGCCAACAUCAGCAAAGCAAGCAAGAUCUUAGAACAGCAAUGCAGAAAAAAGAUCCCCAUGCAAAUACAUCCUGGUCCUCUUCCACCUCCCAAUCCAGCCUUGUCGCCCUGGAUCAUGUUCCUGGCAUUUCAAGCAGCAUGAAUUUUGAUGAGGAAGAAGAUGAGGAGGAUGAAGACAGCUCCAGUUCUUCACAGUUAAACAGUAACACUCGGCCUGGUUCUGCCACGAGCAAGAAAUCCAAUAAGGAAGCGGCCUCAGCCCCCAGUCCUUCCACAAAUGAGCCCCUCAUAGAUGUGGAUGACCUGGAGGAGUUUGCUGUCAGACCUGCCCCACAGGGGGUCACUGUCAAGUGCAGGAUCACAAGAGACAAGAAGGGAAUGGACCGAGGGAUGUACCCUACUUAUUACCUCCACUUGGAAAGGGAGCAUGGUAAAAAGGUGUUUCUGUUGGCUGGAAGGAAGCGAAAGAAGAGUAAAACCUCUAAUUACCUCAUCUCUAUAGACCCAACUGACCUGUCCCGGGGUGGAGAGAGUUUUAUUGGAAAACUGAGAUCAAAUCUUAUGGGAACUAAGUUUACAGUUUAUGACAAUGGAGUAAAUCCAAUGAAGACAACAUCCAGCCUGGAGGCGAGUACCCUGCGUCAGGAGCUAGCUGCUAUUUGUUACGAAACAAAUGUCCUGGGGUUUAAAGGACCUCGUAAAAUGAGCGUGAUCAUACCAGGAAUGAAUAUGGAUCAUGAAAGAGUUUCCAUCCGGCCACGAAAUGAACAUGAGACGCUUCUUGCACGGUGGCAGAACAAAAACACAGAGAGUGUCAUUGAGCUGCACAACAAGACACCAGUCUGGAAUGAUGACACCCAGUCCUAUGUUCUGAAUUUCCAUGGUCGAGUCACACAGGCCUCAGUGAAGAACUUCCAAAUUAUCCACGACAAUGACCCUGACUACAUCGUGAUGCAGUUUGGCCGCGUGGCUGAGGACGUGUUCACCAUGGACUACAACUACCCAAUGUGUGCACUACAAGCCUUUUCCAUUGCCCUUUCCAGUUUUGACAGCAAGCUGGCUUGUGAGUAAAGGGGCGUGGGUGAGCAUCCUCUCGAAGGAAGCAGUUUGCCAUAUGAUUCCCAAUUCCUGCUGGUGUCGCUUAUGGUCCAUACUAAAAAGGUCAGGGAAAAAUGCAGUUGUGGAGGACCACUCUGUUGCUGAAGAGAAAGUAAAAAGGAAUCUUCUAAAAAUUCAGGACAUUCAGGAAAUUAUAUUUUCCUUUUUUUUUUUUUUUUUUUUUUGUCCCCCUGUCAUACUCUUCUGGACGUGACAUGGAGUUUUUGUAAAUAGGAGCUGUCUCUCGUGUCCCUGGUUAUGUUAUGGAUGUGUGCCAUGAUGUACUGUACCGUGGCUCCAGUAGCACCAUGACAGUGGUGUCUUUUUUUUAAAAUCCAGAAAGGGCAUGAGCGCUCCAAAAGUUUCUUUUUACAUUUAAGAAUCAUUCCGAGGCUGCAAUCGUACCUCAAGGUUGCAUUCCUGCAUCAACUAAUCAGAGCUUCACAUCAUCCAGCAUAAGAGAAAGAUGAGGAAAAAAGAUGCACUUUUUAAUUUUUUUUUAAAUUUUUUUUUGAUUGUGCGAGGAUCUCACGUAGUGUAAAGCCGAGUCUGAAGGUUGAAAACCUCUGCUGGACUGAACUUGAUGCAUUGCUGUUGUACAUGUAGAAAAAGGCAUGAUGAAUUUUAAUUGCAGUGGGAGGAAAUGGAGAAGUGGAAAGCACAAAAUAAUGUUGCACAAGUCACUUGAAUUCUAAGCUGUCAUUAUGUUUUAACAUCUACAUGCUUUUUAAUUUGUUUCAAAUGGAAAUGUAUUUGCAGUACAGAAAGGGAAAAGGAAAACAUCUUGAUGCCAAGAAAGCAUAACUUAUGUUGAAUUUGGCAUUUUGUGGGCUGGGAAUUUAUAUCCUUGUAUUGCUGUGGUAAUUCAAACACAUAUUUUGUAUGAAGUGAUAUAAACAAUUGGAUAAAGGCACUCUGCAGAGAAUCUUAUUAUUUUGAACAGGCUGUGUAAAGCUGAGGAAGGUAAAUGGAAAUAUUUUAUUAAAUUUGUCUGGCCUUUUGAGCUUUUACAAUUUGUUGAUCGCAUUUUUUGAACUUUGAGCAACAACCACUUUUCAUAUUUAUUUCCCAUUGUAAGAAUGCUUGAAAUCGAUUGAAACUGUGUAUGUUGUUCUCUGAUGUAAACGUGCCAGCUACUGAGCUAAAUCCUUCUAGGCAAAUCUAGUGUAUGCUGCAUUCAGGUGAGACACUGGCAGGACACAGAAUAGCUUAAAAUAGUGCAGAUUUUGCAUUUACUUUAUUUUCUGAUCUAUCUGAAAUAUAUAAACAAAUACAAUUUCAAAACAAAACACAAGCAAAGAACAAACCAUUGUUAUCUUCUCUGCUGAACAUUUCAAAAGCCAGCAGCUGCAACUCAAAAGCACAUUGUACAACACCUUUAAAAAUAAUGGUCUUGCUGCCAUUGUUCUGUUCAGUGUUGUCCAGAAUGGCACACAGAGUAAUAGGAUUUAUAUGUUCACCAGAAGGGUGUGGAAAUGUGAGUGAAGUAGUAGCUGUGUUUUAUACUGUGUAUAUUCAGGCCCUCCUUUUUAUUCCUUAUAAACUCUUGCACUGCACAACCAGAGAUUAUGCAAUGUAAAAAUGAGAUAAAGCCUGAUUUUCUCAUAGUUGACAGUGUGACACUUUUUGAGUGUAGGGGACAGGUCAUAAAGCUCUCCUCAAGUUUGUGCCAUUUGGACUGCAUCAUUUCAACUAACAAAAGAAAUAUGCUCUCUUCACCUUUGCCUUCAGCUCUCCUUCCCAAUAUACAGACAAAGGAAUUUCAGAUAAGAAAUGAAAGAGAUAAGAGAUAAAAAUAAAUAAUUGCCAGCAUUUUUUCUAAUCUUUCAAACAACUUAUGGGAAGAAAGUCUGCUGACUUUAAAAGACUGUUUUGUUGAUAGACUCAGCAUGUCAAAUAUUAUCAUAAAUUAACAGGAAGCUCUGUCUCUUUUCCCCCCCCUCUCAUCUUUUUGCAAGGAGCCUUUCCAUGCAAUGGUAUAAAAUGGAAAGACACCUUUUGUUUGAGAGAAAUCAGUUCCCUCAGUGAAUGAUGGAAGUGCUGAUUCAUGAGCUGCAGGGUGAUCCUUUGGCUUUGCACAUGGGUGCUUUGUUUUUCUCUGUAGCUGGUGGUUUCCCACAGUUUCACAUCCUCAUCUGUCACCUCGCUUCGGAUUUAACAAAGCAGGCCCUUAGGCCUUUGCUUACCUCAUGUCAGCCUUUAAAAACUAGCUCCAGUGACCACCAGAAUUUUUUUGUUUGGACUACUGCAAGACCAGUGAGGAAUUAAUUCCCAGUGCUGGUGUUUAGGUGUGAUGUGGAUUUCAAGAACUCUGCAGCACGGGAAUGGCUGAAUCUGCAUGGCCUCGGUUCUGUGCCUCGCCAGUGGCGCGCUUACUUCUGACAGAGUGGCACCUGACACGGUUUUCUGUCCGUGCACAACUGUGUCAAGGAGCUGAGUGUCCCGUGGUGCACAUACACAAUCUGCUGGCUCUAGUGGUGGAGUUGGUUUAGGAAGGGUUAUUUUUAACCCAGAUCAUAACAAUGGUCUGACUCACAUCAUGACCCCCUCAGGGAAUUGGCAUGAAAGGAAACUCAUGUGCAGUGAACUCCUGCACAAGGGUGAGAAUGAGGGGCUGGGGAAAGGCUGCGAGUUCAGCUUCUUGGGACAAUUUUGCUGCCAGCACAUUGUGUAACUUCACUCUCACUGCAUGUUCUUCCCAGCCAGGUAUUUUUUUUUUAACCUGUAACCAUGCCAGGAGGAAAGUGGUGGCUCAAGUUCCCAUCAUCUUAACAGAAUCGUACAGGGCCAUCAGCCAACAAGCUGCUGAGGGAAAAACUGCCCACAAUAAAUCGAGGUCACUAGAGGGGGAUGUUAACCUGGGACUAAGAGUGAGGAACUCUCAUUAAAUCUGGUUCAGUUAGAAGAGGAUUUGUUCCUAAUGCCCUUUGCUAAAACCCUAAUUCCUCACUAUUGUUGAGCAAGGUACUGGGUUUUAUUCACUUGGCCUUUACCAUUUGCUCUGGAAGCAGUUUCAAAGAUUAAUUUCGAAUCUAUAUAAUUUCUGAUGGUUAAUUUUUGCUGCAUAUUUUCUGGUGAAUGUCAUAUGCAGGGUGAUACCACAAGCUUUCCAGCACAUCUCUAAAUUUUGUCCUCCCAACUUGGAACAAUAAAACCAGGUUCUGUCUUAGCAUAGAGUCACACCUGAAAUUACAUUUUCCUCGCAAAGUUACAUUUUCUUCCCCAUCAGUAAUAAAAUCUUGGUACUAGUAAGUAUUUUCAGAGACAUGUGCAUGCUGAAGUAGCCAAGGAGUAGUUAGUGGUACUCUCCUGGUAGUAACUUCUGCUGGGCCUGCGUGCAGCAGGGCAUAACCUUGUUUACUCAGUGUGACAAAGAACAGAAUGGCCCCGAGCUGUGUAUUUCCUUCACACAGUCUUAGUGAAUGUUUGGCUACAGUAGAUUUAAUGUUAUUUAAAAUCCCAAUAUUGAUGAUUUUUUGCAUCUGCUGUUGAUUUUGGCAGAGUUGUAAACAAAUUCCUUGCCUGAAUCGCUUAUGGGCAAAUGCUGCAUGCUUUAAUGAGAGUUCUUAAUCUAACUUGUCACUCUGUUUACAUCAAACAGUUUCUUCCUGGCCCUUUAUCUAAUUUUCCUCAUCUCUGAUGUUCUGUUCCUUCUCAUUCUCUUUACAAUUCCUUUAUCUGCUCUUCAAGGAUGUGCAACUCAGAAGUGUUUGACAAUAUUGCUCAGUGAUCUCUCCACAGAUGAAUAAUGCCUUUGGUGCACAUUCAGUGAUGCUCCUACAAUAGAAGCCUUAUCAGAGGGGUGUAUUUGGCCCUUUGGCUUUUCAUUAGAGUGAAUUAACACAUUAAAAGGUAGCAGAUAAAAAAGCUUGCCUAAAAUAUAAUCAAAAUUUUUCUCAGUAAACAUUCAGUUUCCAAACCAUUGGUUGCAAAUCAAUGAGCAGAGCUGUCCACAAGCCUGGAGGCAGGCUGUUAGAUUCCCUUUGUAGUGCUGCCUUAUUUUUUCCUUUUUUCCUUUUUUUUUUUUUAUUUUUCCAAAAGGUUGGAAGUAAUUUUGAGAGCUGAAUUGUGUUGGUGGCCUAAAAUAGUUUAUUUUUUAGAAGCUAGACAUCACUCUGUUCCUUUUGCAGGAUAAUAUAUGGCACAUAAAACAGUAAUGUCAUAGGCUCUUGUUAUAAAUUCUGCUGUUAAGAAAUCAGUGAGAAUGGUUUUUGUAAUAAUUACUGGGCAAAUCUCUUGCUAUUCAAGUUGCCUUACAAUAGUGCUGGAGUUCCCAACUGGCUGAAAGGAGCUGGAGUGAAAAGGGCUCUGUAAUAAAAUCUGGUGGCUGCACAAUUGAAAAAUUUCAUUGUGGAGUCAAAUGACACCAGAGUUUUAUCGGUCAUGGGGAACCAAUGCCACCAAUUCAAACUUUCUGAAGUUUUGCUCCCUUGUGGUGAACAAAGGAGGGGCUUUAAGCAAGCAGAGACACCAGUGAGCUCUCUAAAAGUAUUGGGCAUUAGACCUACUUUUCUCCUAUUAAAAUCUUACUCCUAUCUGGGUGAUGCCCAUUAAAAAAAAAAAUCAGAAAAUCAAUCAAUUCUUUACUAUGGAAAAUAAUUCUCAGUUCUUGUAUCAUAGAUUUUUACGGAUUUUAUUAUUAAUUAAUUUGUAAUUUCACAUAAGGAUAAAACAAGGAUGGGGAAAGAAGGGUUUUUGCCCUGAAGGGAUGAUGGGUCUAGACCAAUAUCAGAUUAUUUUGUCUUUGUUGAUGGUAGUAGGACAAGACAGGGGGUUGCCUGGUGUUCUGGGCAGAGAUGGUUUCUCCUAAUGUAUUGCAAGUGUCAGAGGGAAGAUGUUGGGUUUGAUCCUGUGGCAGUAUAACUAUUUGCCCCACACUGUCCCACUGCUCUCCUAAAACAUCAUUUUUCCUGCUUUUACAGAAGCCUGUGCUCACCAGCAGAUAUUUUUGCUUGGCAAUUAAGGACAGCACAGCAGUCACCUUUAUUAGAAUUAUGGGCUGAUGACUCAGAUUUUUCAAAAGGCCUCAUUUUGAUUACUAGAACAAAGUAGUUUUAUACAUAUAAAUCUUGCAGUAGAGUUAAUCUAACUGUAGGUGCAGGCUUCUCUUGUAUGUGCUACUUAAUGAAAUCAGGUUCCUGUUGUUCCUCAUGUACAAAAAGUACCUUCCAGGGUUCUCCUCUGUAAGUGUUUGAAAUUAAUUUUGUAGAUAUUCCUCAGUUCUUUCUGUUGCUCGCCAAGGAACUAAGAAAACAAUUUGCACAACUAUCUCAACGCUUUGGUGUUUUGCUAUGAACUAUAGCUCAGUAGCUGAUACUCACAAAUGCCUGUAUAUUGGAUGAAAAUGCAUUAAAACUUAUUUUGUAUGUUGUAUUUUAUUUAACUGCCUAUACAUUUUCGAUUCCCCUUUUUCAGUAAGGGUAUGUUUAUCUGUACCUUCACUGAGAAGACUUGAAUGAAGUGGCUUUCUUGAAUGGAGCCACUACUCUGGUUUGCUGAAUGGCUCUAGGAAGAGGACACUGUUCAGAAAAAUUACGCUUACAUUUUGAGAAAAAACCUUCCCUAUUAACAUCAUAAUUGGAUUAUGCAAUAACACUGGAAGCUUAUCAUGGUUUUAUUUAAGUCUGCAAUGGCAGUUUGAAAAUUACUCUGACAAAAGCUUGUUAAGCACAUGAACUGUAACAAAGUCCUCCUUGAGAGUCAGAACCUCACAAGUACAUUUAAUACUCAUGAUCUAGUCUGUGCUUGGGUACAGGCAAAAAGGGUCCUGAAGAGUAAAAAUCUGUGUUAAAAUCAACACAGUCUUCUAGGCUGACACAACACAGGCCUGGGGAUGGGGUCACCAGGGCUUUAAUCCCAACAGAGAGUCUGACUUUGUGCAAAUCUUGGAACCUCUUUGUGCCUCAGCUCCAGUGAGCUGAAUGGAACUCCUGGUUUUUGGCCUGGCUCUGUCCAUCUCUGUUCUGCUGAGAGGAUUUCCAGGAGUGCUUUGAGGCUGGUGGAUGACAGUGGUGUUGCAGUGCUCAGAACACAAUUUAAUGCUCCCUGAACCAACCAGAAUGUGAAGUUUUCUGCUGCCUAUGUAGAAACCAUGUCCUAAGCAAUCUCUUAGGAUCAAAUCUUGAUGCUGUUGAAUUCUAUGGAAGUCUUGUCAAUGAUUUAAGUGAGGCUGCAUUUAUUUUUACCUUGUGUUAUUUUUGGUUACCAAAAGUGCAGCAAAAACCAGUAAGGACAAACCAUCUGAUACACUGCUCCUUCUGACAGUGUGUGCUGUUGGUUGUGUUUCACUUCCCAGCAGCUGUUGUUUAAAAACUAUUAUUCCUGAACACAUUGCAGAGGUUCAGUUAAUGCAGUCACCUAUUUAUGCUUUCAUGUAGCAAACUGAGGCACUUGGCAAUUGUGCUGCAAAUUGCCUUUUUGUAUUUUUGGUUUUUUCUUUCCCUUGGAUGUGACUCAGUUGCUCAGGAGUGUUGUUACUGCCCACUUUGGCUCUGUCAUGCACAUCUGAUUUAAAAAUAAUGAGCCUCAUGAUUUCUGCCCACCUUUAUACUCAGCUGGGAUGUUUACAGUGUUUCUCACAUUUCACCCAGUAUCUGUGGCUUCUUACUGAGGCUGUCCCAGUUGGCACAAUGCCAUUAGAAGUGUCAGUAAUUUAUGAAGUGUAAUUCUCAAAAUAACAGAAUGUAAUUUAUAAACAUUUUUUAUAAAAUGUAACAUUAAAAUCUAGCUAAGUUUAAUGCUUACAGUCUGGAUGAAAUUGCAAGGAGAUUAUUUGUUGAAAAUGUUCUUUUCUUAAGCUUGAUUUGAAGCUUGAGCUCUCAUUUAGGAGAUUUAGUAAGCUAUAGUAACCUUCUGAUCCUGCAGCUCCAUGCAGACUGCCAGCCUGUGACUGCAGCAAUCUGUCAGUGUGGUGAGGACACACCAAGUGAUGAGAAUUCCAAAGUCCUGGCAAGACUGCACUUCCUAAUUCUCCUAGGCACUCUUGAACAUCACGUAGGAAAUCAUGUACCUUUCCUAUGCUGGCUUACCAAAUAACACCAGGAAUAUUUUCACUCCCUUUGAAUUUAAAAUUAUUUUUUUUUAAGGCCUACUGUCUAGGUAAGUGUAAUCUUAACAUUUAGUCUUGAUGUGCUGGAAGAUUUCAACAUGAGAUCACUUACUUUGCCAGUGCAGAAAAUCUCACCAGUCCACAAAACCAGAGUGUGUUGGGUGGGCUUCGGACACCGCUCAUGGAAUCAGUAAGGCUGGAAAAGACCUCCAAGAUCAUCAAGUCUAGCCUGUGAUGGACCUGAUGAUAAACAAGUUUAUGAGCCCUGGCACCUCGUAGCACAAGGUCUUCAUUCCAGUCUGGGCCAGCAGAAGAUAACCCAAUUAUUACCAUCCAGUUCUCUUCCCUAGGGAGAAUUUCCUGGCCUUCCAGAAGUAGAACUUUGUUAAUCCUGAUGUGUCUUUAAACAUUAAAGCAUUUUUUAGCUAUUUAAAAAAACGUUUUCAAAGAUGUGGUUUAAGCUCAAAUAAAAGAGUCUUUCAAAUAGUUAGAGGUGUACCAAGUUGGCUUAGUUGAGAGACAGCUGCUUUUUCCAGCAAUUUCCUCAGCUGUCGUAGAAGCAGAGCUUGAUAGUCUUGCUGGAAAAAAACAUAACAUAGCUAUUAUAUUAUAUAUAUGUGUAUAUAUCUCUAUCUCAGCAUAUUAUAUAAUAAUAUGCUUUCCUUGGGUUUUGCCUAAUGAUGCUGCUGGUUUGUGCACCACUACAUUUCUUUCUGAAGGGCAGUGCUCAACACAAAUAGAGCUGUGUUUUCUAGGAAAGGCUCUGCCUCAUUUCCGGCUGCCUUACAUGUGAUUUGGUAUUUGUUACUAAAUAUAUAAACUCUUCCAAGAAAAAAACCCCAGGAUUUCUAGACAAAAUCACUGACACUUAGUGCUGUAUGCCUGGAUUGGCAGAAGGCUAUUUUUGCCAACCAGGAGUUUUCUUAUUCCUUAUUGUCCCAGCUGUUGCCAUGGGUGAGCACUAGGAGACAGAGGGUCUCCCUUGUGAGCUUCAUCCUGAAGACUAAAGUGUUUCACUUUAGAAUACUGGCAAACCAAACCAUGUAACUACAGAGUUCUCAUCAGGCAAUUAAGUUGCACUGAAAUUGAGUUUCAUGGAAAUUAAUUUGUGAGAAUGACCCCAAAUAGACAUGAGAACACUGAGCAAAUGUCAGGAACUGAAAAGUUGCUCAGCAAAAUAUUUAAAUCAAGCCUACAGAGUUUUUAUAAGUAAAAAACCCCCAAUGAAACAAACAAUGAGGCUCUAUUUCAUUCCUAAUUAUAAUUAGUUGGGGAUUCAAUAUUUUAUAAAGUAGGUUGAGAAGAAAUUCUGUGUACUGUUAAUUCUAACUUCUGCUUUAAAGCAAAGCUACAGCAGGGGAUGUGUGCUCUUAAGAUUUCUAACAGUGUCAUCUCAAAAAGCUGAUUGUGGAAUAGAGCUCUAACUGAGGAAUUCUCAAGAGUUACUGAGUCCAGUGAUACUAUGACAAGGUUUUUGUUGGUUUUCUUUUCUUUCCAAAAAAAACCCUGUUUUCAAAAGCACCGUUCAUUCUGUCUUUUGGACUACAUGGCACAAGUCCACAAGGUUGAAUUCCUAUUUGGUAUCACUUCAAAUACUUUCUUGCAGGUCAUAGAUGCUUUUUAGCUUCUUGGUUAUCUGUGUUACUGGAAUUCCUUGUUUUGCUUCAAGUUCCCUGAUUUUUCUUUUUUUCUUUUUUUUUUUUUCCAUCCCUUCUAUAACCUUCUCUUCUUUCAAACAUGUGCAGGUUUUUCCAUAUGGGGACAGCCCAGAAUGCUAAGUCAGUGAAAGCUCUAUAAAGUAAAUAUCUGUGAAUUAAAGCGUGUCAAAUCCCUGUGUAUAUGUUCUCAUUUUGAAGUAGGCUGGCCUUCAGUUCUGGUUGCAUAAUCUUCCACCUGGGUAUUCAUCAAGUUGGGCAGUUCAAGGUUGUUGGGGUAUUUUAAAGUGCUGAAUAGGUUUCUGACCAAGCCCUGGUGGACAUGUAAAGGGAUUCACCCCUCUGCACUCUCAGGGUGGCACUUAGGACUUUUACUGUACCACAUUUUUUGGCUUCUUGAACUGCACCUCAAAGCUCAGCACCUGCACGGUAGAGGCCAUGUUUCCCAGGUCCUGUUUUCCUACUGCACUAGUUUUCAGAACUCUCUGAUUUAUUGCCACCUGUAUGAUGAAUUUAAGCUUCCUGACAACACUGUGCUUUCUACUUGGGAUUUUGUAGCUGCCAGGAAGCUUUAGUAGUGUAGCAGAGCUUGACUGUAGGAGCGUGAUGUAAACGAUGCCCGUAGAACUAGGUUUAUUUUACAGUGCCCAUCAGAGGCUAUGCUUGUUCCUCAGAAAAUAAUCUUCCUUUCUCUUUUUCUUCUUCAUUUCUAUCUGCCUGGAUCUGGAGGAUGAGAGCCCCUCUUAGCAUUCAUGCAAGCCAUGUCAGAAAAGCACACACAGCGGGUUUAUCUCGGAGAGUGCAGCUCUCACAUGCUCACUGUCACCCUGCUCUGUCACAGUGCAUGUUUGUCCCCGUGUGCUGUCCCCUACCUCGUGUGUCUGUCACCAGUCAGAGGACACGGCUGCAGAGACGUGCAUGGAAGCUUAGCAGAGAAAACGCUGAACCGAAGCCAUUAAAUUACAGCUCUCCCAAUCCUGAAGAAAGAGCUCCUCCUGAAGGCAAAAACGGGGACCUGUGGCUCUUUACUUGAACUCUCCCUGUGUUUGCAUUGCAUUUCAGAAGAGAACGCCUUUUUGUUAUACUUGUGCUAUUUUGAGCCCCAAGCCCACAAAAAGGCAGCACAGAAUGCAAGGAGUGCACUUGCAGAGAAGCAAACCCAAGUGCAAACAAGCUGCAUUUGCAGAUGUGGAGGAAGUCCAGCGUGCGGGCCGGGCACUGGGAUGUGCUGGGAAUGGCAGGAACGUGAUGGGCACUGCUUAGAGGGAGUUAUGGAUUUCAGUGUUCAGUGAUAGACUGAUGGCCACUGCUGAUGUUGUGCAAUGUUGGUAAGAACUCUGCCCAUACCAUUUGUUUCUCAUCUAAACUGCUCGAUUUCUGUACCCAUUUCUUCAUGAUGUCAUUUUCUCCCAUUUAUUUCUGUGUCAGGCCUAACCCCAAGCCUGCUGCUGUGACCAAUGUUUCUUUCUAACUUGUGUUGUGUCUCCAUAAUGCCACACUUGUGUGUCCCUGCCAGAGUCCUCAUGUUGUCUUGUCUUUGUUUAAAUGUGGGCUUAACUGGAUCACAAAAAUUGGGCAUUAUUGGCAGGAACACUUCAGAAAAUUGGAUUUGGAAGGGAGGGCAAAGUUUGCUCUUACAUACAUCCCAUGAAGACUUGUUGACAUUCAAAGCGGGGGGAUCUAGAAUAUCUGUUGGUGAAAAAUGUUCACCUUUUCCAUUAAAUGUGCUGCCAAAUUCAGUGAUGUCAUUACUGCAACUCUACAGAGCAUUUAGAAAAACAAACCCUUGCCCAUGAUUUAAAGGAUAAAACAGGGUGGAAUUGAACCUGCACAAGAACUAGCAAAUCAUGCAGGGAGUCUCCCUAAGAAACAAGGUCUGCAAGAAACAAAUCUCUUACAAUGGCUCACUGAAAAACAUGUAUGAAAAAGACAAAUAUUGGAGCUUUAAUAAUUUUUAUUAUCUUAAAAUUAUAAACAUUUUUUCUGGUGAUUGAAACUAAGUUUAUUUCAAAUUAAAAUCCUGUGCUCAGUGACAGGAAAAUCAGCUCCUCUGACAGCUGUAUGCAAAGUAUAAAGGGGACAUACAUGCAUGCCCAGCAGGACUGUCAGUAUUAAGUGUGGGAUGGGUUUAGUUUAUGACUUUCCCAACAUUCUCCAGGUCCAGAUGUGCAAACAUUUGUGCACACACACAUAUAAAUGGAUAUAGACUUAAAACUCCUUUGGUGAUAUCUUUUUUCCCCUCUGUUUACACUGACAGCAUAAGCCAUGAUAUUAAUUUGCCUUGGGGUUAAUCAUUGCAAAACGUCUCUAAAAAGAGUCAGUUAUUUGAAACCUCUUUUAAAAUCAUAUUGAGGGAGUGAUUUUUUUUAAUCUGUUGAAAAGAUUACAAGAAGUUGUUCUCUCUCAUGCUUUCCAAGAGAAUUAUUACAGAGAAGCAUCUACUUUUCCUUUCAGCUGACUUUUCAGUGGGAUUGAUCCACGCAGUGAGCUCAUCUCCACCCCAUGAUCACAAGCCCAGGGCUUUUGUUUCUCCUUUUUGAACAAUUUCUUAUAUUCAAGAGCAGGGAAACAACAAAAAAAUGUCUGUGGAGGAUGUUUUGUAAUUUGUUGCACCUCUAGAAGUAUCUCAGAAGGUACAUACUCUAGAGGUGGUUCAUUUCUGAGAGUUCCUAGUAGCCACUGAGCUGAUUUUGUACUUUCUAACACUCUUCAUCCAGCUAAUGAUGGUCUGAAUGAUCCAGUGUUUGGGAGCAGCUGUAGAAAUACCCAUUUUAGAAUAUGUUGAGCCUAUAUGCCUGCAAAGAAAAAUUACCUUUGUUUCUGACUUGUUUACUUAAACUUCAAGAAGUAGAAAAUGUGCUACAUUAAUGUUUCUGUCCCUAGAAAAUAAAAAAGCAGAUUAAUUAAAUUUUUUUAUUUAACUCCCAAGUAAGAAUUUUCUGAUUCAUCUCUUUGCCUUUCUUAAAUAAACUGAUGUUAUACAGUAGAAUUUUAAUAUGUUAUGGUCUAUAUUUUCUUUACAUUAUAUGGGCUUUUUAAAGAAUGGAAUAUAUCAAAUUUGACAAAAAAUUACCUACUCAUGAGAACUCACACUUAACCAGACAUGUUUUUCCCCCAUAGCUGUAACAUGUCAGGCUUGUUUGCACACAAAACUGUCUUGGUCUGUUUCUAGUAGUCAGGCAUCUCCCUUUUUGUUCAGACUUUAGAGAGUUUUAGAUAAACCUGCAAGAAUGUGCUUUUGCAAAUUAAAUUUUUUAAAGAAACUCUUUGGUAUUCUGGAGUAAAUGUAUUUAUUUACCAGUAUGUGCAACGACUGAUUUUUGUGUUCUCACAUAAUUUAUGUGGUGUGUGUCAUAGAGGCUCCGGUGUUUGUGAAUACAGAACACUGCAGAAUUAUUUAAUUUGUUUGAAACAACAAGGUCUUUCCCUACCCAAGGUCAGAAACACCUCAAUAAAUUACUUCCACUGGAUAUGGAGUUAUUUAACAUAAGGAGUUUCCAGUGCCAUUUAAACUGUAUUUUUACAAUUUCCUCUGUCAGGAACAAUAUAGUUUGGGCAAUCUUGCAUUUGGGCAGGUGUUUGGUCCCAACAGAGAGGAGAGCACUGAGCCAACCCAGGAAGAUCACUGAUCAAAAAAGAGAGGUGUCUGUUUGCUCUUUAGGAAUGUGUGCUCCUCCAAAAAACUGAUGGAGCUCCAAAGCUUAGAAAAGUCACUUGACCAGACCAACCUUUCCAGCUGUGUUUGGGAUGCUCAGUCUGUCUGAUCUGGUGUUGCAUUUGUUUCCUUUGGAAUACAUGGUCAGUAUAAAACCACUGAUAAAGAGAUGAUUUGCUAACUCUUACCUGGUUUCUCUUCCCCAGUGUUUGUGAUAUGUGAGGUUAGAAACAUAGAAUUUUAUUAUUUUUUAUUAAAAUGUGCAAAUAAAUGUUAUUUAAAUAGAA